AUGUUAGACGUUUUCCGCGGACUAAAGAAUCUCAUAAAGGUGAACUAUGUGCACAUCGACUCGCCCGUGUUCCGUCUGCACUACUCAAUAACGGUCAUACUGCUGAUCUCGUUCAGCCUGAUCGUGACCACGCGCCAGUACGUCGGCAACCCCAUCGACUGCAUCCACACCAAGGACAUACCGGAGGACGUGCUGAACACGUACUGUUGGAUCCACUCCACGUACACGCUGAAGAGCUUCUUCAACAAGAAGGUGGGUGUGGAGGUGCCGUACCCUGGCAUCGGCAACAGCCGCGAGAAGGGCAAGGAGGACAUGAGCGACAGGAAGAUCUACAAGUACUACCAGUGGGUGUGUUUUUGCCUGUUCUUCCAGGCGAUGCUGUUUUACGCGCCGCGAUGGCUGUGGAAGUCGUGGGAGGGGGGCAAGAUACGGGCGCUGAUGAUGGACCUGGACGUGGGCGUGUGCACGGAGAUAGAGAAGAAGACCAAGAAGAAGCUGAUCCUGGACUACCUGUGGGAGAACCUGAGGUACCACAACUGGUGGGCCUACAGGUACUACCUCUGCGAGGGUCUAGCCCUAAUCAACGUAAUAGGGCAAAUGUUUCUCAUGAACCGCUUUUUCGACGGCGAGUUCAUGACCUUCGGCCUGAAGGUCAUCGCUUACAUGGAGUCAGACCAGGAAGACCGCGUCGACCCCAUGAUUUACAUAUUUCCAAGGAUGGUGAAGUGCACACUGUUCAACAAGUUCGGUUCCUCGGGCGAGGUGGAGCGGCACGACGCCCUCUGCAUAUUGCCACUGAACGUGGUCAACGAGAAGAUCUACGUGUUCCUCUGGUUCUGGUUCGUCAUCCUCGGCAUCCUCACCUUCAUCACGCUGGUGUACCGGCUCGUCAUCAUCUUCUCGCCGCGGAUGCGCGUCUACAUGAUGCGGAUGCGCUUCCGCCUCGUGCGACGCGACAACGUCGACACGAUCGUCAGACGGAGCAAGAUGGGCGACUGGUACCUGCUGUACAUACUCGGCGAGAACCUCGACUCGGUCAUAUUCAGGGACAUAAUGCACGAGUUCGCCAACAAGCUGAACCACAACUACCAGCACCACAUCCACGGCGUGCCGGACGCG